AUGCUGUCCUCACAAACAAGAUUCGCCCGAAAUGGGGGAGUCGACGCCAAAGACUUCCAACGGGUGUGGCGAGAAAGAGAACAUCUCUUUUCCGAACCCGACCCCGCACCCGGAGGGGACGUCGGGGGACGAGAAGAGGCCAGCAGACCGGGUGGGGAAGCCCGGCGGGAGGGACGCAGGGAAGAAGGGGGUGGCGGGGUGGGCCCCGAGAAGAUUUUUGAGUUUGGGAAACUGUUUCAGAAGUUCGACACCGACGGAGAUGGCAGGCUCGGUCGAGCCGACUUUGAGCGUCUGGUAGGAGGAAUGCUAGAGCAGGUCGGGGAGAGGGGAGGAGAUGGUACCAGGCGCGGCAGCCGCGGGGGAGAAGGGGACAACGGCAACGCUCCAUCCGCAGCACCACAACCGCUGCCGCCUCCACCAGCGGUGCCUCCGUCGCCGGCCGGUCCUUCGAUCACGCACUACGAUGAGACUACGGGAGUUCCUUUGGCCCGCGAGGCGGUAGCCUCUCAGCAGGCACUGGGGCACACCGUGGUUCCCCUUCGCGAGGCGUACAGUCGGCGGCUGUCCCGGCUUCAGCUCCGGAGGCGGCUUCACGGCCGUGGCGAAGAGCUCAGGGCAGCGAGAGCGGCGAUAGAGCGGGAGACGCUUGCCGACGCUGAGGCCAUCGUUGAGAGGCUUCGAUCAGCCGAGACUCUCAAGCAGGCGAUGCUAACUCAGGGAGUGAACAGCGUCACGGCGGAGCUUGAAGGAGUCGAAAAGCUGUCCGAUCAGACCGCUUGCCGAGUCCUUAUGGACCUAGUAUGCGCAACCGACUUCGAAGGCACGGAGAGAAUGGUAGAGUUGGUUCAGUCCUACCGAGAGCUGUGCAACUCCAUCGACCGAGUCGCGAACAAGCCGUUCGAUCCUACCAUCGACGUGCAAGCCGAUGAUUUCCCGCACGAGACGGCGGAAAGACUCGAGGUUCUACGACGAGCAGAUCGCUACGAGCAUGCCCUGAGUGUCAAGGACCAAAUGCUUUGGGAGGCGAUGCAGGUGAGCGACUGCAGGCUCCAAAGCUCGGAAAUGCUUGCUGAUAAGGUGGCUUCGGAGGUGUCCCCCGUGGUGUCGUUGACCACAGCGCUUAGUAGUGAAUCUCAGCGACUGGAGGAAAAGUGUCAAGAGGAGCGUAGCCUUGGCCGUGAAUUCGCGGAAGAGGCUCAAGAGUGGGUAACGCUCACGGGGAAGCUCUCGGACCGCGUUAAUGCCCUGACGGUCGAGGCGGAACGGACGGCACAACUGCGAAAGGUGUAA